AUGCGAUUCAGGCACCAACAGGAAUGGAAUCAAGUCUCGAACAAUGUGAAACCCGGCGGAAACUUUGUCGUUUUGGACCUGGAUCCUGCUAGUUGGUAUCACUUGCGCGUCACCGCUCACAACAACGCUGGCUUCGCUGUGGCCGAGUACGAAUUCGCGACACUGACCGUAACCGGAGGCACCAUUGCACCGGCCCGAGAGUUACCUGACGUGAACGGUGGUGGCAACGACGAAGAUCCGAUGAAAAUUUUCAUGGCUAACUUAAAUCUGGUCGUACCCGUGGUAGCAGCUAUUCUCGUUAUAAUCGUUGCCGUCAUCGUGAUCUGCGUUCUGAGAGGAAAGGGCCAUAAUAGCGAUAAAGGUACGAUCGCACCGCCCGUACGUAACAGCGGUAACGACAACACGGACGUCAGGCGUUAUUUCCCGUGGUUACCAAGCUGGCUCGAUGUGAACGUGGUUGUACCGGUCGGAGCUACGGUUGUUGUGAUUAUUGUAGGCAUAGUUGUGAUUUGCGUCGCUCUGUCUAGAAGAACUCGAGGCCCGGAGCAAACACGGCUGCGAGGUAUCUCAUCAGCCGACGAGAAAUAUUACGAAGGACAAUACGACGUGGUAUAUCAACAAACUGGUGUCGGCGGAGCUACACUUGACAAACGCAGACCCGAUCUUCGCGACGAACUUGGAUACAUCGCUCCACCGAAUCGCAAACUACCCCCUGUUCCUGGCUCGAACUAUAACACCUGCGAUCGCAUCAAGCGAGGUACAGUGAUAAGUGGAACAGGCUCGAUAAGAAGCCACUCGACGUGGGAUCCCAGACGACAUAUGUACGAGGAAUUGAAUCAUUGCGUGCCCAACCGAAGAUGUCCACCACCACCCCGUAUGGGCAGUGCCGAAGCUCUCUCGCACAGAGGCAUGGAGGAUGAGAUCUGCCCAUACGCUACUUUCCACCUUCUUGGAUUCCGCGAAGAAAUGGACCCCAGCAAAGCUAUGCAAUUCCAGACUUUCCCACACCCUGGCAAUGGACACUCUGGCACUAUGGGACCACCUGUUGGACAUCCUACCAACGCUUCAGCUCACAGCCGCUCUGGAUCUCAAUCUAUGCCACGUCAAAACGGUCGCUACUCUCGCGUCCCAUCCCAAGGUGGUGGCAGCGGAACCCACAACGUCUUCUCUCCUGAAUACGAUGACCCGGCAAACUGCGCUCCCGAGGAAGAUCAGUAUGGCUCUCAGUACGGACAAUACGGCGCUCCCUACGAUCAUUACGGAUCUCGCGGCUCUGUCGGACGUCGCAGCGUAGGAUCAGCUCGUAACAUUCCCGUUUCUGGAUCACCCGAACCACCACCACCACCACCAAGGAACCACGACCAGAACAACUCGAGCUUCAACGACAGCAAAGAAAGCAACGAGAUCAGCGAGGCAGAGUGUGACCGCGAUCAACUUGUGAACCGCAACUACGGCGAAACGAAGCCCCCAGCCGGCAAGCCGGCACCGGUCACGGCGGUCACGGGGGACUCCUCACACCCUACGAUACUGUGGCAGUGUAACCUGUAAAUCAUCUUCCGUGGUCUUCCGUCUCUCUCGUCACCAGCGGCCGAAGACACGAGAGAAGCGGAAAGGGUGCGCACGCUGACUCUUCCCCCGGUGCUGUCGUCGGUCCAAAUUGCAACGAUACAUCAGGAAAAUUACCAUCGUCGCGAGUAGAUAGAUUCGGUCCACCGCGUUAGGCGGCACGCUCGUUGAGACGUUUCGCUUAAAACAAUCGUUCGGAUUACCGUGGCGACGACGAUAUUUGCCUCCUGAAGGGACCGUCUUCUUCGUCUUCAACCAUAUCAUUUUAUUCCAUUUUUGGCCUUUCUCUAUUUCGAUCUCGCGUUUUUUCGCAUAAGCGCACUCGUUCUUGCUCAAUUGUCGACAAGGCCAGAUUACGAAACUGCCAAAUUGAUUGACUGCCGAUCAAGGCGAAGGGGUCAUUUUUAUUCGAGGGGCAACAUAUUGCGUCGUUAUCGCGUGACUUUAUACGAACGAUCUAUACACCGAUCGACACGUCGUAAACGAGUGUCCUAGAAAACGAACACACCCGGCAUGUUCGUGUGAAUGUUGGAGGAAACGCGACUAGAAUCCGGCCCGCGACGCGUGCUCUCGGCGACGGUGCGUUUCACGGGGGUAUUUUUGGCGGUAUAUCCUAGGUUACAAUUGUCGCUUCCAAGCGCCACGAGUCACGGGAAGUAAACACGAGAUACAUUAGUUACUCGCUUUUUAAGUCAUGGUUGUGCCACACUGCCGCUCCCCGCAGGCAUAUGAUAUUAUACAUACAUACAUAUAUAUAAAUAUAUAUAUAUAUAUAUAUAU